CUGGACUGACAAGGCAACGAAAGAUAACUCUAUGCAUUUUUUUUCUAACGUCGUAAGCGGUUGUAAAUAACAUCAGCGACAUUUGGUGAUCGGACCGAAACGGACACGGACAGGCUUGGGCGUAGCAGUCAACACAUGAGAGACAACACCUGGCUGGGCAUUACAGAUUUCUAUGACGACCAACACACGCUAAUCUGUAAAGAUAUUUGAAAUAUGUCAUAAUUGCAUCGAGGAAAAUUUGUUAACAAACAUUUGCGGUCCACUUUCUGACACCUUCCCGUGUCCGGAGUCAUAACAUUUUACUUAGCAACAAACAAAAUUACAUUUUCUUAUUUUAGAGAAUCAGCGCUUUCCCUGACAAAUGUUAACAUAAUGUCAAGUUAUCCCGAAAAUUAAGAACGAUUUCAAAAUGACAUCAAUCAGUUAAAUAGGACGAAACGUUGAUAUUAAUUGGACUUUGUAUCUGUAAAUAUCUGAUCUGACAUGAACAUGGCCGAAGAAAAUACACCGGAUUUUGCACAUAGGCUAUCACAAAGACUACAUUUGAAUGAUAUUCAUGUAAAACCACAACUUAUUAUUGGUGAAUCUUCAGAAUUUGAUGAUAUUUUCUUAUCGAAGUCAAAGCAGCACCUCUCGGUCAAAGAGUAUAAAUUGAACCAUGGUGAGGACAUUGAAUGCAGAAGUACAGACUCAGAAAGUUCAAGUGAAGUGGGAGAUUUAUUUAACACUGAAGUCAGUUGCUAUCAAGUAUCUGUCACAUCUUUUAUUGUGAUAUCAUUAACAUGUUUAGCUGUUGUAUUUUGUCACCAGUACAUCAAGAAACUUUUGAUCUGGUUGGAAGAUGUAGAUCUCGUUGUAGGUUUCCUGAUAUUUAUUUUACUGUUUACUUUAGUGUCGUUUCCAGUGGCUUGGGGCUACAUGUUACUGAUGCUAGCAUGUGGAUAUCUAUAUGGUUAUAUUUAUGGACCAUUGGUUGUGACAUUUUUUGGUGCUGUAGGAAUUCUAAUUGCACAUUUGACGAUGAAACAUUGUUGUAGAGAUUGGAUUUUGACAAAGUUUUACAACAGACAAAUAGAAGCCUUUAUUACUGUAGUGGAGAGUAAACAAGGAUUUAAAAUAGUUGCACUUUCCAGGCUGACACCAAUUCCAUUUGGUCUACAGAAUGGUAUAUUCUCAUUAACAAAUAUUCCAAUGUUAAAAUACUCAGCAGCAUCAGCCAUAGGAUUAGGUCCAACAGCUGUAUUGAAUUGUUACAUGGGAUCAACUUUAAGGUCCAUGGAGGAUGUCUUGUCUGAUGGGUCUAGUGCAACCACGGGUUACAUCAUUUUUGCAAUACAGAUCAUUAUAACAGUGAUCUUGCUUACCUUUGUCGUACGUAAAGCACGUGCAGAGUUGAAGAAAGCAGUUGAGGGAGAUAAAUCUAAAGCACAGAUAGUGCCUUUAACAAUAGAUGAUGAGACUGUUGUCUUGGUAACACCAGAAAUAUUAAAGUCACAAGGAAGUUGAAAGUAGGGGAGAUAAUUCUGUAGAAGUGGAAAGGGAGACAAUUCGUAGUGCCUUUAUGAAAAGAGUGAUACAAGAAUAAGAGAUUGAUUGACAAGUUUAUUUAUUUAUGCAUGCUUAAGUCUUUCUUCUGUAGUGUAGGAAUAUUGUUAUACAUUUCUACCUCCUAAAACCAUUCCUUUCUAGCUGGUCUAUUUUGCAUAAAUUUGAAUAUUAAAUAAGAUAAGAUGCAAGAACAAUGAUUUUUUUUUUCAUGAUCUGUCAAGCUGAAAAUUUAGGUCAUACAUCUACUUCAAUUAACAUGCAAAUAUAAUUAACCUUUAUCAAGUUUUAUUUUUAGAAAAAGUUUAGGAUAUUUACAAUUUAUUAGAAUUGUUUAAACAAUAUUUAGGAUUUUAAAUCAAGAUAUCUAAUAAUAGAUUAUUUAUUUGGGGAUUCUUCAUAAAUCAUACUCUUUUUCUUGCAAUAUUAAAAAAAGAUUAUCUUUGUUUUCUAUCAAUAAACUUUGUUUGAUAUACAUUAACCCAAUGCAAUUUUAUAUUUGUAAAUAUUGUUAUUUUUGAGGUGUUUUUUGUACUAAUUAUGAGUUGUAUGGAGAAAUGGGCAUUUUUCAUUUAUUUCCAUAAAAUGUUUGAUGUUAGAUUUUGUUGUAUCAAAUGGAAUGUAAAAUAUCAAAGAUUAUUUCUCAUACAGGAUUUCAUCAUAUUGUGGUAUAACUUGUACUUAACAUUUUGAUGAAUGGUACUUUUCUUUAAAAAAUAAAGCAUCAGAAUUAUACCGUA